AUGUUAGGACUCAUGGAGGUUACAGGGAAGAACCAAGACGAUUGUAUGGUUGCUCUUCACGACUGCAACGAGGAUGUCAACAGAGCCAUCAACUUCCUGCUUGAGGGAACUUCUGAUUCGACCUCUUGGGAAACAGUGGGGAAAAAGAAAAGUCUUGGAAAGGAUGCCACCUCCACAGAGAGUAAGGAAAACAAGGAGAACAGGGAGAAGAAAGAGCGGGAAAGCAGCAAGGGUCGUGGAGGAGCGAGCCGUCGUGGCAGAGGGACCAGUCGCAACCGGCAAUCAAGGACGGAGGAGAAUGGUGUGGACCCUGCUCCUGUUGAGAGAGGUGCUGACCGUGGCCGCAGGGGAAGAGGGAGAGUGUCUGGAGGUAGAGGCAGAGGUCGGGCUCCGGUUACCAGCAGGUUUACAGCACAAGGGAUGGGAACCUUUAACCCUGCAGACUACACUGCAGACAGCGGGACAUCAAAUUCACACACUGAUGUCUGGGAGACGGGGGCCAAUGACACUGCAGAUGGGACAGUGGCAUGGCAGAACACUUCGGACGAGUGGGCAGCUGAAGACUGGAGUGAAGAUGUGAGUCUCUCUGAGACCAAAGUGUUCACUUCCUCUUGUGCACCUCCAGCUGAGAACCACAUCACACCUGGCCAAAGUCUGGAUCUAUCAACUCUGCUGCAGAAGCCUGUGGAUCGUGAGGAGGUGGGAGGUCUGAAGGCCGUGGGCUCCUCUCAGGGGCUUGGCCACAGUCUAGUCUUCACCAACUCCCACCACCAGCCUGCUCGAAACGGAGGCACAUCUACUGGUUCCAACAGCUACACACACGCCACCCUGUCCUCUGUUUUGGGUUCUGGUUUUGGAGAGCUGGGUGGUCCAAAACUCGGGCAGACGGCUGGGCAGCAAAUACUGGAACAGCUGAAGGGGCCUGGUCUUGGGCAGCUUACCUCCCAGCCCUCCAGCACAGGGACCAACUGCACCCCUGUAGGGGGGCUGGUGGGGACGGGGAUGUCUGUCCCCUCCUCCUCCUCCUGGGACAUCAAACCUCCUAGAACACAGAGCUCCGUUUCACUCCCCUCUCAAUUCAGUCGGGAGUUUCAGAUGCAGCCAGAGCCAUCUUUGGUGCUAAGCCAACUCGCCCAGCGACAGCAGGGCUCCAUGACCCACACAGGGCCUCUAGCCAGGCAGCCCAACCCUCCCUCACUGAGUGCCCCUUCGCCCGCCCCGUGCACACUGGAAGCCUUUCCUAAAGCACCGGAACCUUCUCAGCACCGUGACGGGCCCUCGAUGGCCCCCUCACAGGCAGCCGAAUCUCAAAGCAGCAGCAUACAGCAGCGGCAGAUAAAGACUCAAAAGCGACGGAUACCUCCCACUUCAAAGAUUCCCGCGUCUGCUGUAGAGAUGCCCGGCUCAGCAGAUGUGUCCAGUCUAAAUGUGCAGUUUGGUGCCCUGGACUUUGGUUCAGAAUCUGCCCUGCCGGACUUCGGCCAGUCGGAGAACUGCACCAGUGAACCCAUAAGGGAGGCUGCUGUGGUUCCUCAGUCACAGAGCAGCCUUUACUCUAAACCAAUCAGUGAAUCUCUGACCAGUCCGGUCCCUUUGCUGCUGCCUCUGGUCUCUUCUGACAGUAUCUACCCCUCUCCCUCGGUACCUCUCCCCAGCCUCGCCCCCUCCCACACCACCCCCAGCUCGGCCGCAGCCCCCUCGUCCUCUUCAUCCUCCUCUUCAUCCUCCACUGCAUCAUCGGCUGGUAACAGCUUUGACUGCGGUGUGGCUCCUCACUCAAGAUUGACCUUCUCUCAGAGCAAGGAGCCUUCUGGACCUGUGACAAACGGUUUCAAUGGUGCGAGGACCUCUGCUGCUUUAGACACCACAUCGAGUUCCUCCACUCCAAAACAAGAGUCUCCCUCUCUGGCCAGCAGCACAAGUGUUGCCCCUUCUGCCCCAUCCUCACUGUUGCCCCCUUCUGUUACACCACACAGCUCUGCUCUGCCCAGCCUGGUAUCUGAGCUGUCCUCUGCCAGCUUACCUCCCCUCAGCAGUCAUGUGAGCAGUGGCCAUUCCUCUGUGUCGGCACUUUGCACCACAUCUUCACUUACAUAUACCAGUGUUGACAGCGUGAACUCUCUCGCCCCCUCAUCGAUGGCGUUUUCCUCGCCGCCUGUGUCCGCUCUGCCCAGCAGCAAUGUUAGCAGCUCAGCGAGUGGCAGCAACAGUCUGCACGGGUCUGGAGCUUUGGGUCAAGGCACCAAUGGUAGCACACCUUCCGGUGUCAGGACUGUCCCGCUACUGUCUUCCUCCAGUGGUAAAGUUCCUCCUAAUCUCUCUCAGGGGGUUCCUCCACUGCUGCCUAACCAGUACAUCAUGGGACCCGGAGGUCUGCUGCCUGCCUAUCCGCAGAUUUAUGGCUAUGAAGACCUCCACAUGCUCCAAUCCAGACUACCAAUGGUGAGUCUGAGCCCAUCAAAUUGGUACGAUGACCUGACACAAGGACCACCAGGAACUGAGUACAGCAAAGGUUACAGUAACUCUUCUCAAACACAGGCCAAAUCUGCUGCCUCCGGCCCAGGGAAAGGUGUCUCUGUGACAUCUAGCAAUUCUGGGGUGCCAGACAUCAGUGGAACUGUUUACAAUAAAACGCAGCCGUUCGAUAAGCAGGGUUUCCAUGCUGGCACACCUCCUCCUUUCAAUCUCCCCUCGGCUCUGGGCGGCACAGGACCUUUGACCCCUGGUGCCGCCCCUGGUUAUGCUCCUGCUCCAUUCCUUCACAUUCUGCCGGCCCACCAGCAGCCCCAUUCACAGCUGCUCCAUCAUCACCUCACCCAGGACGGACAGGGUGGGCCAAGCCAGAGAAGCCAGUCCAGCACCAUGCAACAGAAGACCCAGGUCAACAAGUCCAACUAUGGCAGCUCCCCUUACUGGGGCAACUGAGCGCAGUCCACAGCGCAGGUGCCGUCCCGCACCCGAUGACACGCCAAUCAGAGCAGAGGGACGCCCGUACACACUACCAUCAUCCUCAUCCUCCUCUCACGUUCUCAUCUCCCCUUUUCAAAGUUUUGGCUGUUGUAUGUAAAGUAUAUUUAUGUAUGUAUUUAUACAGUAUAUAUGUAUUGGUAGGAUAUGAAAUGUGGUUUUUCUGCAUUUUAUUUUUGAAGGAAGUUUUUAUUCUUUUUUUUUCAUUGCUAACUGGCUAAGAGGAUAUGAUGACAGAAGUGAUGAGAACAUAACAGAAGGGUGAAUAUACUUGAAGCAGAGCAAGCAUCAUGAUUCGAACAUGGGAGUUUUUAUUUGUAUACAUAACCCUAAUAAUGUAUGUACAUUACUGCUAAGCUUGAUCACUUGAUGAAGCCUUUUUUUUUUAAACUUUUGUAUUUUGCUCCUCUUCCACCCCCUUCACCUGUGAAUUUUUUUUCUAUCGAGGGGGAAUUUAAUUUCAAUGCUUAAUUUUGUUCCCUCUGCCCUUCAUUUGUGACCCCAUCCCUCUCCCCCAAACCACCACCAAAUUGGCUAAACGGCAUUUUAACAUUGGUUUUACCCUUGUUGUCAAAAUAAAACUGUCCAGUUUACCGUUUCAGCUUGAUUAUUCAUGCGCACAGUGUUUGCACACAAGCAGUAACAUUGUUACAGCAUUGUUCUUUUGAACUUUCUAUUUGCCGAAAAAAUCCAAUA